AUGAGGAAUACGAGGCCGUUUAUUUUUCUCCUGGCGCUCUCCCUGUUAAAUUGUAUUAGGGCCAUAGACUCCAACAUUGAAGGCCCCGUGAUCGGAAUCGACUUAGGCACGACGUACAGUUGUGUUGGCGUUUUCAAAAAUGGAAGAGUCGAGAUAUUGAAUAACGAGCUCGGAAACCGUAUCACGCCAUCCUAUGUGUCCUUCGUGGACGGAGAAAGGAAAGUGGGUGAGGCAGCAAAAUUGGAAGCAACUCUACACCCCACCCAGACAGUGUUCGAUGUGAAACGGUUAAUAGGAAGAAAAUUUGACGACCAAGAAGUAGUGAAAGAUAGGACUUUAUUGCCAUAUGAGAUUGUAAAUCAGGAAGGGAAGCCAAAUAUAAGAGUACAGAUAAAGGACAAGAAGACGACCUUUGCCCCAGAACAAAUCAGUGCCAUGGUUUUGGAGAAAAUGAAAGAAAUAGCUCAAUCGUUUCUGGGAAAGCCAGUUAAAAACGCAGUGGUAACUGUGCCAGCUUAUUUCAAUGAUGCACAGAGACAAGCAACGAAAGAUGCAGGAACCAUUGCAGGAUUGAACAUUGUGCGUAUUAUAAACGAACCAACUGCAGCAGCUUUGGCUUACGGAUUGGAUAAGAAGGAAGAGACGAGCAUUCUAGUCUACGAUUUAGGAGGAGGAACCUUCGAUGUAUCCAUUCUUGUCAUCGAUAAUGGUGUGUUCGAAGUUUACGCCACGGCAGGAAAUACUCACUUGGGAGGAGAGGACUUCGAUCAAAGAGUGAUGGAUUAUUUUAUCAAAAUUUUUAAGAAGAAGACAAAUAUAGAUCUCAGAUCGGAUAAGAGAGCGAUCCAGAAGUUGAGAAAAGAAGUCGAAAUUGCAAAGAGAAACUUAUCUGUAGUUCACUCGACUCAGAUCGAGAUUGAGGACAUCGUAGAAGGACAUAGCUUUUCUGAGACCUUGACUAGAGCCAAGUUUGAAGAAUUAAAUGAUGACUUAUUUAGAGAAACUUUAGAACCCGUAAAGAAGGUACUAGAUGACGCAAAAUAUGAAAAGAGCAAAAUCGAUGAGAUCGUUCUUGUAGGAGGAUCUACUCGUAUCCCAAAAAUUCAACAAAUUAUAAAAGAAUUCUUUAAUGGAAAAGAACCCAAUAGAGGUAUCAACCCAGAUGAAGCUGUAGCUUACGGUGCUGCCAUUCAAGCUGGAAUCAUUCUCGGAGAAGAAUUACAAGAUGUCGUCUUGCUAGAUGUUACUCCACUGACAUUAGGAAUAGAAACCGUUGGAGGUAUCAUGACCCAACUUAUUAAAAGGAAUACAGUCAUCCCGACGAAGAAGUCACAGACCUUUUCUACCUACCAAGACAACCAACCAGCUGUGUUAAUACAAGUAUUUGAAGGUGAAAGAGCAUUGACCAAGGAUAACCACCUUUUGGGAAAAUUCGAAUUGUCAGGCAUCCCACCGGCACAAAGAGGAGUCCCCAAAAUUGAAGUCACUUUCACGGUUGAUAAGAAUGGAAUCCUCCACGUAGAAGCGGAGGACAAAGGUACAGGAAAAAGCAAAGGAAUUACAAUUACGAAUGAUAAAGGAAGACUCUCCAAGGAACAAAUCGAAAAAAUGAUUAACGAUGCAGAAAAAUUUGCAGAUGAGGAUAAGAACCUCCGAGAAAAAGUCGAAGCGAAAAAUAACCUUGAUAAUUAUAUACAGAAUAUGAAAGCCACUGUGGAGGAUAAAGACAAAUUGGCAGACAAAAUUGAGAAAGAUGAUAAGAAUGCCAUUUUGAAUGCCGUAAAGGAUGCAGAGAACUGGCUCAGCAACAAUUCCAAUGCCGAUGCCGAAGCGCUGAAGCAAAAGCUGAAAGACGUCGAGGCUGUUUGCCAGCCUAUCAUCGUCAAGUUGUACGGCCAACCCGGUGCUAACUCUCCCCCCCCAAGUGGAGACGAGGACGUCGAGAGCGACGAGUUGUAA